GCCCGGAGCCCCAGAGCCCGAGAGCCCGGAGCCCGAGAGCCCAAGAUGGCAGAGCUGCGGAGCGUCAGAUGAGAGAGGACGUGCGCCCCAGCCCGUGACCGCGUCCUUCGGCCAUGUCUUGCGGUGAGCCCACGCCCGAAGGCUUUCUCGAGAGAAGAUGAUGAAGAAGGUGAGCCUCGCGCUGAGCCGGUCGCCUCGCCAUGGGAGCAGCGGGGGCGGGAGUGCCAACGGCGAGGUGGUGCUGGGGUCGUCCUCGGCCGCCACGACCCUCGCCACCUCCUCGACCUCUUCCUCUUCUGCCUCUUCCUCCUCGCAGCACGACGCCGACAAGAAGAAAAAGUCGAGAGCCAGCGGGAUCCUGCAGACGUUGAGGAAGAAGAUCAGCGACAAGCUGGACACCCUCCAGCAGGGCGGCUCGAGCUCGACCUCGUCCUCGCGCGCCGCCCCCAGGAAGAGCAAGAGUGUCGAGGGCCUCUCCAACAGCUUCGGCGGGGACUCGUUCUCGCAGUCGGUGAGCGAGGAGUCCUCCAGUGACGGCCUCAACGCCUCUGGGGGCGGGGGCAGUGGGGGCACACACAAGGGCAAGCAUAGCAAGCGUGCCAUCAGGCCUAUGAACACUCCCCUCAACACGCCCAUUACACGCCAAAACUCGUCAUCACAUGUGUUGGCAGCUAAUGGCGACGUGGACACACAGGGGGGCAAGGGAGAGGGUGGCCAGGGCAUCACGGCAGCUGUGUCCCUGUACAGCAAGCCUAAAGGUUACAUAUCAGAUGCAUCAGUGCAGAAGCAGCAGCAGCAGGUGUUGACUGAAGGGCAGGUGCCCAGGGCCAACGGCCGGGAUAAAGUGCCGACAGUGACAGUGGAUGGUGUUGGGGGGGUUGAGGAGUGUGUGUACACCAGUGCCAAUGUCCCCAGAAGGGGCCUUGGUGUUGCCAAGAAUGCUGACCACAGUGCCAUAUCGGAGACGUCAUCACCACAGCCCAACCGGACGUGCGGAUGUGAGUUGUGGGACCUUCAGGACAUGAGUCUAGAUGCUAGUAAGAGGAGCCUGGCAGAAGAGCUCUUCCAUCUGGCAAAGUACGGAUGGUACUGGGGACCAAUCACACGUGCCGAGGCUGAGGAAAAGCUCUUUGACCAGCCUGAUGGAGCCUUCCUCGUUCGAGAUUCAUCUGAUGACAAGUACCUGCUGAGCCUAAGCUUCCGGUCAUUCAAUAGGACGCUUCACACACGCAUUGAACACAGCAAUGGCUGGUUCAGUUUCUACCCGCAUCCCGAGCAUGAGGGCCACACGAGCUUGGUGGGGCUGAUUGACCACAGCAUGAGCCAUUCUGAGUCAGGUGUCUUCUGCUACUCCCGAGCCCGUGGGCCUGGGUCUCCAUCCUUCCCUGUGAGGCUCACCAAGCCAGUCUCCAGGUUCACUCAGGUGCGAUCCCUACAAUACCUUUGCCGAUUUGUGAUCAGACAGUACACUCGUGUGGACCACAUACAGGCCUUGCCGCUGCCCACAAGGAUAAAGGGAUACCUUGAAGAAGGUCACUACUGACCCUGAAGAAGUGAGGUUGCAAGAACAUAGAUUGUGUCAUAAAUAUUUCUGCUUUAAACCCUCUUCCUCUUACGGCAUGCGAGUGAGUAAUCUCAUUCAAGAAGAGAAAGACUUAAAGAGACUAUAAUAUAUAUAUAUAUAUCUGUGCAUUGGAAAGCAUUGCUUUGAGUGCAUUUUAAAAAGAAUUUCUUAUUCUUUUUUCUAUUCUUUCAUGAGAACAAGUGCCUCUUGGGUGAUUCCCCUGCUGUGAACAUGUCAUUUAUUUGUACUUGUUUGCCAUGUAUACUGUAUGCAUUGACUUUUAUGUCUCAUUUCUGUAUAUUCAGAAUUUUGAGCCAAAAAUGCUUAUGAUGUUCAGCUUUAAGUUGUCUUGGGAAAUUUUGAUUUCCACUCCACUAAAAAAGAAAGAAAGAAAUUAUGUUGGCUUUGAGUCUUGAAAGCAUGAAAGGAGAACUCUUGUCGUUAGUGUCUCUUGAGGGACCUCAUUGCAGAGAUUGGUCCUCUAUCAUUUUAAGUUCAUUCAGUAUUUGGAAGAAGCAGAAGUUUUCAAAAUAACAUACCAUUUGAAGGAAAGCUUACCUCAUUAGAGAGGGAUCCCACCGAUGGGCUAUUGAUUUGAGAGCAUCUGGCUUCCCCCACCCCCUCCCCACCUGACCCUACCCCCUGUGAUUCAGUCAUUACUGUAGUGCUGUAGAGAUUUGACUCUUCUUGUCUUCCUGCUGUAAACUGCCAAAAGGAGAAAAAAAAAAUAGGAGAAAGUAAUGAAAGAUAGACUUUUUUUCUAGAGAAACAAGAAUGUACAAAAAAGAAGUAAUACAGUUGGAAGCUUUUUUGUGAUAUCAAGGUAUGUCCUCUUUCCUUUGAAAUCAUAAUUGCAUGAAGGUGAUGCCUAGGAGUUUGUCACUGUGCCAGUAUGUAGAGGUAGACUAGUGAGAACCCAGUCUUUUCCUGUGUUUCUCACUCAAGUGAAAUCUUUGUGAAUUAUUUUGGCUUUUGUCAUUUCCAGUGCUUUUAUGUUUUUAGAUGAAUUUUUCUGUUACAUAAUAUCCCAGAUAUUACUAAGAAUAAGUUGAAAAAUUCAGAAUCAGUUGUACUAGAAUGAUGCUCUCCAUAGGCUCGAAUUUUGUAAUAUAUAGAAUGUAGACAUUG